AGACAUGACAUGAAUACCCUGAGUUUACCGCUUAGCAUUCGCCGUGGAGGCUCUGACACCAACCUGAACUUUGAUGUACCAGAUGGCAUUCUGGAGUUUCACAAAGUCAAACUCAGUGCAGAUAGCUUGAAACAGAAAAUCCUCAAGGUUACAGAACAAAUCAAAGUUGAACAAACAGCUCGCGAUGGAAAUGUCGCUGAGUAUUUGAAGCUGGUAAACAGUGCAGACAAGCAACAAGCUGGACGCAUUAAACAAGUAUUUGAGAAAAAGAACCAGAAAUCUGCCCACUCCAUUGCUCAGCUACAGAAGAAAUUGGAACAGUAUCACAAAAAGCUCAAGGAUAUUGAGCAAAACGGAUCUUCCAAAAGUACUAAGGAAACCUCCAAAGAUAAUUUAAAAGAUACUCAGCAUGGAAAGUCUCGAACCUCUGGGCAUGGAACAGAGAGCAGCAAGUCGGGUGUGCCGGGUGUAUCCUUGACACCACCUAUCUUUGUUUUCAGCAAGUCUAGAGAGUUUGCAAACCUGAUCCGAAACAAAUUUGGUAGCGCAGACAACAUCGCUCAUCUCAAAAACACCUUGGAUGAAUUUCGGCCAGAAUCGAGUUCAAGAACAUAUGGGGGCAGUGCCACCAUUGUUGCCAAACCAAAAUAUGUUAGUGAUGAUGAAUGCUCCAGUGGGACUUCUGGCUCAGCAGAUAGUAAUGGGAAUACUUCCUUUGGUCCUGCUGUUGCAAGUACCCUGGACAGCCAGGGAAAGCUUUCCAUAAUUUUGGAGGAACUAAGGGAAAUCAAGGAGACACAGUCCCAGUUAGCUGACGAUAUUGAGAAUUUAAAAGCACAAUUUAAAAGAGACUAUGGCUUUAUUUCUCAGAUGUUACAAGAGGAAAGAUAUAGAUACGAAAGAUUGGAAGACCAGUUAAAUGACCUCACUGAUCUUCAUCAACAUGAGACAGCAAACUUGAAACAAGAGCUAGCCAGCAUAGAGGAGAAAGUGGCAUAUCAGGCAUAUGAGCGAUCACGAGAUGUUCAGGAAGCCUUGGAAUCAUGCCAGACCCGGGUUUCAAAGCUGGAGCUCCAUCAGCAGGGACAGCAAGCACAGCAGUCCGAAACGGUUAAUGCCAAAGUGCUCCUGGGGAAAUGUAUAAAUGUUAUCCUGGCCUUCAUGACUGUCAUCUUAGUGUGCGUUUCCACCAUUGCAAAGUUCAUUGCUCCUAUGAUGAAGAGCCGUUUUCAUAUCAUUUGCACUUUUUUUGCAGUGACACUGCUGGCAAUAUUUUGUAAAAACUGGGAUCAUAUUAUUUGUGCCAUAGAAAGGAUGAUUAUACCCAGAUGAAGCGGCUUGUCUGGCUGCUUUUUCUUUUUCUUUUUUUUUUUUUUUUCCCCUCCCUGUUUUCUAAGUGCUGUAUGUACACGUAAU